GGUCAACCUAAUUUUCAUAGUAAAAAUAUACCGCUUAAUUUGGUUAGCUGGAUGUGACCUUGGCACAUAUAAUAAUCAGUCUUCAUGGGUGAAUAAAUGAAAAAUAUUUCCUCAAGUUCUAGUGGACCAGUGGCUUAGUGAUUAGGACGUCUGAUGCUCCCCUCCUAAAUCACAGGUUCGAACCCCGUUUCACGUACUUCUGUUUUAGUAACCAUGUGUUACCAGCCCUCACACUUAAAGAGUAACACACCUAAAUACCUAGUAAACGAGCUAGUGAGGUAAGUAGGUAUGGUCGAUGGGGUUACUAUUUUGACUUUUUUGUUUAUCUUGUUGAUUCCUCUUCACUGUAUCGAUAUAGUUUGUGAACGUAUACUGAUACAUUUUAUCUUAAGUUCUAUGUUGAUUUCGGCUGAUUCAACCGUUGAAAAGCAACAUUACCAUCGAUAUAACUUUAGUAAGAGUUUGAGUGAUUUCAUAUUCAUCACAAACUAGUUUUGAAAUUCCUAAAGUAUUUAUAUCUUGUUUGGUUCGAAGUGGGAGAAUUGCUGAUAACAUUUAGUGUUCUGGGCAAUAGCUGUAUAAAACUGGCAUCUAUAGAUUCAUCAAUACUUUCUGGUUUUUUUUUUAAAUUUUGCAUCUCAGUAGUGUUGAAUGUUAACAGGGAUGACAUAAAAUAGAAGCUUGCUAGAAUCUUGCGGUUGUAUUUUACUAUGUUCUUCGUAAAAGUUGAAUCAGUCUCCCAAUUGAAGUGCAUCUCUCACUAGCUACCGUCCAUACCUACUUAUUCAUUCAUUUUGUAACUCGCCGUCCUUCACAAUACUACCAUUCCACCUUGUUUAAUAUACUUUUUUGAUGUAAUAUACCAAAAUUUUUGUAACAUUGGUAAACUAUAUAUUGUUAUCGGAUAUUGGUGUUAUACAAGUUCUUGUGUAUGUUUUGUUACUCCUAUUUAUUGCAAUACCUGGUUCUGACGUAAUAACUUUAUUAUAGUGAUACAUUAAGAUAAGUGUGUUUGUGUUUCUUACAAUCCGUAACUUUCUAAAUAAUUUCGUUGUAUAUAUUGUAGAUAUUGAUCGUGUUACUCUUGUACUUAUUUCAUACCGGGCUUGACUAAUCCUGCAUUGUUCAGAACCUAUUUGAUAGGAUUAUUUUGUCAAACCCUAAUGGAACAAGCUUGUGUCAAGUCUUCUCAGCACCGUUUAGAUGACUGGUUAAUUAUUCUCAAAGAACAUCAUAUUUUAAAAUCUCUUGGCGAAGAAAGAGAGGCGUUUGAGAGAAGUUUAGAACUUCCAACGAUUCCUGAAAUGAUAUUCGACCAAAAUUCCUUAUCAAUUUGUUUCUGUCAACCAAAUAAUGAACAAAUAUGCAAAAUUGAAUUUAAUGCACUUGAUGCUCUUAAAUUAGUCGACCCAAAGAAUAUAACUAUAGAGGUACCAUUUGCAAAGGACUGGAGAGAUUCUCGAAUUACUAAUCAAGAAGACAUACUGCCACAUAAACCAUAUGACUGGACUUUCACUACUCCGUAUACAGGCACUUUGUCUGGUCCCUGGAGUAUAUCUCCAACUUCUGAGGGUUUAGAUAUGGAGUAUUUACGUCGGAAAGAUCCUAUUCGCUUUUUUGUCAAUACAACGCUAUAUGAAGAUGAACUAGGUGAUAAUGGUGUAUCUAUUCUGAAUAUAAAGUUCCGUGCAAUGUCUUCUGGUUUCUUUUUAUUACAACGUUUUUUCUUACGUAUUGAUGGUGGACUAAUACGAGUGUAUGAUACUCGACUACAAUGGCGUCAAAAUGAUAGUUAUUUAAUUCGUGAUAUACGCCGAAUGGAAAGUUCAUCUUGGAGAGAAGAUAUGGUUGGCAUCAGUUUAGAAAUAGCAGAUCAACUAUGUGAUACAGUUAUAGAGCAUUAUACAGAAAAACUUGUACCACCAUAUGUAAAUUCACCCUAAAAUUAUCAAUAACUUAUGUAAAUAGUAUUAUGUGUUCAAUUAUUUCUAUCGAAUUGUUUGUUAUACAAGUUUGUAAAUUAUUGAACAUUAUUUAUACACAUUAUAUUUGUUUUUCAUAAUCAAA